CGUCGAGGGGUCCGGCGGGCGUGCGGGGAUGAGCGGAUCCCUGAGCCGGGCAGCGGCGGCUCUGCUCCGCUGGGGGCGCGGUGCGGGCGGCGGCGGUCUGCGGGGCCCGGGCGUGCGGACGGCGGGCUCGGGCGGCGGCGGGGGCAGCUCGGCGGAGCAGCUGGACGCCCUGGUGAAGAAGGACAAGGUGGUGGUCUUCCUCAAGGGGACUCCGGAGCAGCCCCAGUGCGGCUUCAGCAACGCGGUGGUGCAGAUCCUGCGGCUGCACGGCGUCCGCGACUACGCGGCCUACAACGUGCUGGACGACCCCCAGCUCGGACAAGGCAUUAAAGACUAUUCCAACUGGCCCACCAUCCCGCAGGUGUACCUCAAAGGCGAGUUCGUGGGGGGCUGUGACAUUCUGCUGCAGAUGCACCAGAAUGGGGACCUGGUGGAGGAACUGAAAAAGCUGGGGAUCCGCUCCGUCCUUUUGGAUGAAAAGAAAGACCAAGACUCAAAGUGA